CCUCCCGGCUGGUUGGCCGCAUAUCCUCGGAGCUCUAACAUCCAGGAGCACCGCGCCUAUACCAACCCCACCUUGGGGGGGGCGGGGGCUGCUCCAUCACUGGGGGAUUUGUAUUUUAUUUUUAUUUUUUUUAUUUUUUUUAGAUGCACCUUGAGGGUGCAGAAUAAAGUAAAGCGCGCGGGGAAUAAAACCUUCGCUGUAGUGCAACCCGGGGAGAAAAACAAUGGAAUUAAAACCCACUCAGUUCCAAGAAGAAGGGGAAUAUCACAAGAGAAAUUAAAAUUCUUGCAUUCACAAGGAGUGUUCCAUUCACGAGUAAUUGGAUGAGAGUCCCUUCAGCCCCCUGCAACUAAAGAUGAUGUUGCCAUGGAAACAAAUUGUUCUCCUAUCAAUCACAGGAUGCCUUGCAGCCUGUACCGAGGAUGCCAUAUUUCAAGGGCCGAGAUUCAGGACGGAGCCAAGUGACCUCGUUUUGCCGUUCAACUCCCCCAGCCGGCAGGCUACUGUCACGUGCGAGGCAGAAGGCAGCCCUCCUCCGCAGUACAGAUGGUCACUAAACGGAACGCCUAUCGAUCUUGGGAACGACUACAGGCGUCGCAUGUCUGGGGGCAGCUUGAUCAUUAGCAACCUGGACAAGGACCAAGACACCGGGAUGUACCAGUGUAAAGCCUUCAACACCUGGGGGUCCGUCUUGAGCCGGAAGGCGACCGUCCAAUUUGCAUAUCUCGAUAACUUCCGAACACAGACGGUCAGAAGUACAGUCAAUGUCCGGGAAGGCCAAGGAGUGGUUCUCUUAUGCGGCCCACCUGCACAUUCUGGAGAGCUGACUUUUGCGUGGAUCUUCAAUCAAUAUCCGCAUUUUGUGCAACAAGACAGUCGCCGCUUCAUCUCGCAGGAGACCGGAAGUUUGUACAUCGCCAUGGUGGAUCCCUCGGAUGUGGGCAACUACACCUGUGCGGUCAACAACAGCGUCACGAAGGAGAAGAUGUUGAGCUCUCCUACACCGCUGGUCCUCAGGAGUGACGGAGUGAUGGGGGAAUACGAACCCAAAAUAGAAGUGAAUUUCCCCGACUCGGUCCCGGCGGCGAAAGAGUCACUUGUGAAACUGGAAUGUUUUGCUUUGGGAAACCCUGUUCCAGAAAUUAGCUGGAGAAGAACCGGUGGAGUCCCGUUCCCCAGCAAAGUCAAGAUGAAAAACUCCAACGCUGUUUUGGAAAUCCCGCAUUUUCAACAGGAAGACGCCGGGACGUAUGAAUGCGUUGCUGAGAACCGACGUGGCAAAAACGCUGCACGGGGUCGAAUUUCUUUCCACGCCAAACCUCACUGGUUCCAGACAAUGGCUGACACAGUUCUGUCCAUCCAACAAAAUCUCUUCUGGGAAUGCAAGGCCAAUGGAAAACCCAAACCAUCGUACAGCUGGCUGAAGAAUGGAGAACAGAUGAUGCCAGAGGGCCGGAUACACAUCGAAAACGGGGCUCUUUCCAUCACCGCGUUAAACCUGUCCGAUUCUGGAAUGUACCAGUGCGUGGCCGAGAACAAACACGGCGUUAUUUAUUCCUCGGCCCAACUAACGGUGUUAGCGUCAGCUCCCAGUUUCUCUAAAAAUCCAUUAAAGGCAGUGCUGAAAGCCGGCUUCGGUAGCGAAGUCACUCUCGAAUGCAAGCCUCAAGCUUCACCUCCAGCAAUUAGCCUGUGGAAAAAGGACAACGAAUUGCUACAGAGAAAUGAAAGAAUUGCUUUGCUUCCUAAUGGAACACUCAAGAUCACCAAUGUAACCAGAGGGGAUGCGGCCAGCUACACGUGCAUCGCGAAGAACCAGUUUGGCUCGGCAAGCACCACUGGGAGGCUGCUUGUCACUGAGCCAACCAAAAUCACCGUGAGGCCCACAAACAUGGAGAUCAUUGUUGGCGAGAGCAUCGUCUUGCCCUGCCAGAUUGCUUCCGAUCCUGCUCUGGAUGUCUCUUUCUCGUGGGCAUUUAAUGGCCAGCUCAUCGACUUCCAGCAAGACGCCGAUCAUUUUGAGAGAGUGGGUGGGACCAUAUCGGGGGAUCUGAUGAUUCGCAACAUACAACUGAACCAUGGUGGGAAGUACGUCUGUGUUAUUGACACUGAGGUGGAGAGUCUGUCCGCCUCUGCCAUCCUGGUAGUCAAAGGUCCACCAGGCCCUCCAGACAAAGUGACAGUGGAGGAAAUCACAGACAGCACCGCACAGCUUUCCUGGACUCCUGGAAGAGAUAAUGGCAGCCCCAUAACAGGAUAUAUCAUCCAGGGUCGGACGCCUUUUACCGUGGGCUGGCAGGCUGUUGAGACGGUGCCUGAAGUGGUUAAUGGCAACACGCUGACUGCAACGGUGGUGGGUUUAAACGCCUGGGUAGAGUACGAGUUCAGAGUCGUGGCACGCAAUGCUGUGGGCCUCGGUAAGCCCAGUCCCGCCUCGGCUAAAACCAGGACAGAAGAUACUAUUCCUGAUACGGCUCCGACUGAUAUCGGAGGAGGAGGCGGCACAAAGUCUGAAUUGGUGAUAACAUGGGAGCCUGUUUCUGAAGAAGUGCAAAACGGCGAGGGCUUCGGAUACAUCAUCGCCCUGCGGCCCGUGGGGACGGUCACGUGGACGCGGGCCGUCAUCUCCACACCUGGCGUUGCACGUUACGUCUUCCACAAUGACACCAUCCCGCCCUUUUCACCUUUCCAUGUGAAAGUCGGCGCGUUCAACAAUCGAGGGGAGGGGCCCUUCAGCUCUAUCGCCACCGUGUUCUCGGCGGAGGACGUCCCCAGUGUGGCUCCUAAGACGGUUAGAGCUCGGAGUGUGUCUGCAACACAAAUUGAAGUGAUCUGGGAAAGUCUUCCAGCCAUCCCCGAAAGAGUGCUUGGAUAUGAGGUCAUGUACUGGGAAGAUGACACCAAACCUGACACUGUGGGCAAAGUGCGCAUAUCGGGAAACGAGACCGUUGUCAACAUCACAGGCAUGAACGCAAACACGGUCUACUAUCUCGCCGUGUCCGCCUGCAACACGGCGGGCCCCGGGCCGCAGUCGGUGCCCAUCAACAUCACAACGAAGAAACCACCACCUAAUCGAGCACCUCUGAACAUACAAUGGUCCAUGAUUGGAUCGACACUUUCAAUGCAUUGGGAUCCUGUUGUAGCCAUGGCGACGGAGUCAAAAGUCACCGGCUAUUUGGUGUUGCUGAAAAGACAUCGGCACAAUGACAUCAACACCUUGGUCACCAAUAAAACCUCCGUGGAGCUCAGCCUGUCCUCCAACGAAAACUAUCUCAUUCAGAUCAAGACCACCAGUGAGGGCGGUGAAGGUGUGGGUAGUGAACCCAUCCACAUCCACAAAUUAAGCAUGGGAGCGCGGGGAUCAGGAGCAAACUGUCUCAACCCAUUAAACCUGGCUGUGGUCCUCAUCAGUGCCGUGGCCUGUUUCAUCUGGUGAUGUCUAGUCAGGACCUUCAACACUUCAUUCCUUCCCAGCGGUCCCUUGAGUGAGCCUGUCCCCAUGUUACCCCUCCAUCGGAGGGCCCAGGGGACGGCGGUAGGACUUGGGGUUCUCCAAAGGCCAAAAUAUUCAAAGGGGGUUGUUAUCGGUAAAGACUUCGUGACGAGGAUGUAAUGAUUUGAGUGCAUGAUACCGUACAAUAUAGUUACAAGUGCCACCAUGCUUUUUGCAUUUUCGAGGUUAAUGUCGUCGAAAUGACUUCUUCUUUAUAUCUGGUAACAAUGCCAAUGCCUUAAAAUCAAUUUUACACAUUCAUUCCAUACAAAAUUAAGAAAUAUUGAAAUGGUAUAUUCCUAAAGGGGAUCAUUAUCACAAUUUCAAAAGGGUUAAAAACAAUAAAAAUCAGUUCCCAGUGGCUUGUUGUAUUUUUUAAAAAUGUUUUCAAAAUUUUACCGGUCCCGGAAUGUCCCUAAAAAAAAGCUUUAAAGUGCCUUAUUUUCGCUCUCUUGAAGCCACUUUUGAUUUUCCUGUGACGUCAUACAGUGCUGCCAAUGUAAACAAACACAGCAAGAUAUAGCGACAUUAGCUCGGAUUCAGACUCGGAUUUCAGCGGUUUAAGCGAUUCAACAGAUUACGCAUGUAUUGAAACGGAUGGUUGGAGUAUGAAAAUAUUGAAGAAGAAACUGAAGCUAUUGAGCGCAUAGCUAUUGACGCUAUUCAUAGCCAUAGCAUGGCCGAAUAGCUGCGCUAGCAUCGCCGGUAAAAUGUGCGGACCAAACGAUCAGGACUUUCGCAUCUUGUGACACUGGAGCAACUUAAAUCCGUCGAUUGAUAAGUGUUUUUUUGUGGGUGGAAGGAAACAUAAUAUAGUUUCAAAUGUACAUACAAUCAUAGCCUAAAUAGCAUGUUAGCAUCGAUUAGCUGGCAGUCACACCGCGACCAAAUAUGUCUGAUUAGUACAUUAGUCAACAACAUCAACAAAACUCACCUUUGUGAUUUCGCUGACUUCAUCGUUGCAAAUGCAUCUGCAGGUUAUCCAUACAUCUCUGUGCCAUGUCUGUCUUAGCAUCGCCGGUAAAAUGUGCAGACACUCCGGCACAUUCAACGGGGGUCUGGCGGCAGAUUUCUUGCCACUUUGGCAUCUUCGGGCCAGUGGUGCAACUUGAAUCCCUCCCUGUUAGUGUUAUUACACCCUCCGACAACACACCGACGAGGCAUGACGUCUCCAAGGUUCCAAAAAAAUAGUUGAAAAAACGGAAACUAACAGAGCUGAGACCCGGUGUUUGUAAUGUGUUUGAGAAAAUGAAAAUGGCGGCUUUCUUACCUAGGCAACGUCACGUACUGACGUCAUCGCUUCAAGAGGGCUAAAUAGAAAGGCGUUUAAUUCGCCAAAAUUAACCCAUUUAGAGUUCGGAAAUCGGUUAAAAAAAUAUACGGUCUUUUUUCUGCAACAUCAAGGUAUAUAUUGACGCUUACAUAGGUCUGGUGAUAAUGUUCCCCUUUAAGGUCAACCGCUCUGUGGAAAGAUGAUCCAAUCGUCCCUUCUGCUCUUUGUUAACCAUCUCAAACGUGAAGUUUCUCUUACCAAAUGUGUUACAGUAAAUUCUGUCACAUCAGCUGUUUGGCCAAACAAAUCCAAUUUGCAAUCCUAGUAAUCCCAGUGAUUGACUUGUGAGCAUCAGGUCUUUUCGACCAAUACAGUGAUGUCUCUCCAUCUUCCCCCCUUAAAUAAUAAAUGGCCAUCACUCUCGGUUUUAUCAGUCUCGUGAAAAGAUUGUUUUUCAUGGAGAAGAGAUGCGUGCAACACUUCCAUGUCGAACAGAUCCCAUGUGUAUUGUUCGUCUUUUUACAUGAAUAUGGCCUGUGCUCUGAAUCUCACGACUAUUACCAAAUAGUGUACUCUGCAGAUGAUCCCCUGGUCCAGUGCACAGAGGACUACAUCAGUGAUAGUGCCUUCGCCGGAGUGCAAACAUAGUUGAUUUUGGGGGGUUUUCCAGACAUCCGUAACAUAAAUUACUGUUUUUUUUUGCCUGUGUUUCAAAAUUCGACUCAAAUGACAGAAAGCCCUGUGGGAGAAUGCCAAUAACGAUCCAUCCCCAUAGAUGAGUAAAUAUGUAUUGAAAUAAUUAAACCUUCCUAAGGCUUUUUUGAUUGAUUGAGACUUUUAUUAGUAGAUUGCACAGUACAGUACAUAAUCCGUAAAAUUGACCACUAAAUGGUAACACCCCAAUACGUUUUUUAACUUCCUUAAGUCAGGGCUGAAUCCCAAUUUACUCUUGCCCCUCACCCUCGAAUCAGAUCUCGUGGUGAAAAACACGGCCUAAGAAAUGAGACGCCACUAGUCGUACACUAUUCGUCAAUACUAGGGAUGCACCGAAUAAUCGGUAACCGAAUAUAUUCGGCCAUAUAUGGCAAAAAAAGCCACAUUCGGCCUUUCGGUGGAAUGAGUUAAAAACAAGGCCGAAUAGUGGCGUGUGACGCAAUUUUUUGACGCGGUGACGCAAUCAACCAACGUGCAGUGACGUUGGGAUAUGUUGUGUACCUGUAUAAGUGUAUGAGGUUACAAGCACACACUUAUUGAGAUUUAGUGGGGCCUCUGUUUACAUUAUUAGCCUGUUGUGUAGGCUACCUGUAUAAGUGUAUGAGGUUACAAGCACACACUUAUUGAGAUUUACUUGAGCCUUCUGUUUACAUUAUUAGCAUAUCUACUGUGGCUAAGCAGACUUUUGCCAACAGGACAAUAAUUCAUUCAGUCAGUGAGGGAAGGGUUCCUAAGACUAUCAGUCGAUUGAUUGAUUUUCCACUACAUAGCAGUCCGGGCCCACUCAAAUAAUAGCACUGAUUUUAAUCUUGUUCAAUAAAUAUAUAUAUAAUCUACCGUAUUUUCCGGACCAUAGGGCGCACUGCCAAUGAAUGGUCUAUUUUUGAUCUCUUUUCAUAGAUAAGGUGCACCGGAUUAUAGGGCGCAUUAAAGGAGUCAUAUUAUUAGGGACGGCGUGGCGCAGUGAAAGAGUGGCCGUGCGCAACCCGAGGGUCACUGGUUCAAAUCCCACCUAGAACCAUCCUCGUCACGUCCGUUGUGUCCUGAGCAAGACACUUCACCCUUGCUCCUGAUGGGUGCUGGUUGGCGCCUUGCAUGGCAGCUCCCUCCAUCAGUGUGUGAAUGGGUAAAUGUGGAAGUAGUGUCAAAGCGCUUUGAGUACCUUGAAGGUAGAAAAGCGCUAUACAAGUACAACCCAUUUAUUUGUUGUGGGUUUAUCCACUUUAAUGCACUUUUUUUUUUUUUUGGAAUGCAUGUUUUGUUUGAAGGCCUAAUAUAAAUGAACAACUUUGUGCUUUUUUUGAAAAGCAAAGGCUACUGGAAUAUUUAAAAAAUGUCAAUAUUCAAUAAAAAAAUACUGUAUUUGAAAAACAUGUCUAAAUAUUUAUUCUAGGCUAUUUAUGCAAUGUUAAAAAAAUUGUGAAAAACUGCAUUCAUUAUUCGGUAUUCGGCCUUCGGCCGAGCGUUUAAAUUUUAUUCGGCUUUGGCUUCGGCCACAAAUUUUCAUUUUGGUGCAUCCCUAGUCAAUACGCUAUAAAAAAGUGAAUAGUAUUCAGAAGCUAAAUUAUGUAGAGCUGUUGCGUUAGCUAAGUCAUUCUGAUGAGUGACUUUAAAACCAAAAAAAAAACAUUCUAAACAUGGUUUAUUCUUAGAUUAGAUUUGCUCUGUUAUCAGUCAUGAGUUCCAAUGUCAUUUUUCUUUAUUUAACCAGGUAAAGACUUGUUGAGAUUAAAAUCUAUUUCUCAAAAGCGACCUGACAAAGGUCAUUGGUAAGGUUAAAACACUGAUGACAUCUAUUAAACAGACAAGAAGCAAGGAACCAUGCAGAGACAGAGUUCAAUUUAGCUCAUGAGAACGCAUGAAGCUGCACACUUAGUCACAGUCUCGCCCUACGCUCUUUGGUCCAGGUCCCGCGUCUCUCUACUUAUUCAGGAGUUCCCCAGUCUACGUCACUGAGACAACCUCUAAAAGGAGUGGUCACAUAUAUUAUGCCAAGCAGGUCCAGUACGCACAAUACGUGACAGAAUGUGCUGGGGCCUUGUGAUUUCGCCUUGUCUCUGCUUCGCCUGCGUGCUGUCAUCUUAUCUGCAAUUAGGUCCUUGUUGUCUCUGCUUCGUCUGCGUGCUGUCGUCUUAUCUGCGUUGAGGUCGUUUGUUGUCCUUGGCUGUUAGAGGGUUAAAACACAGAUAGCAUCUGCGGCUGAGGCCACCCCUCAGACAAGAAGCGUUUGUCCUUGCACAGAUAGAAAAAGUACAGCUUAAGCACAAUAGCUGCCUCUCAGGUUUUACUCACAUUUGCUUUAUUUUAUUUAGACUCUGCUUUAAGAAACAGUUGAAGCCAAUAAUAUCAAAUUAAUACUAAAUGUUAAAACGGUAUCAAAAAAACGUCACUGAAAACUUGUCCUUCGGACAGGAGUGUUUGCAAAUGUUCUCGUCAUCUUUCGUAAAAUCUUGCACUUUCUGUUACGGUGGGGUUUACGCAGCUUGCUGCGCGGUUCGUUCUCCCGGGAUGCAAAACGGACGACUCCGGACAGGACUUACAGGUAGGAACCUAUUUUAAUGUUCAAAAAACUCUGAGGAGGUACGAAACAAAAAUCAUCGGACGGAACAAGGUGCCGGUAGCACUUGAAACUGGAUACUUAGCGGGGGGUUGGGAGGCAAGCACCUUACGUAACAGUGGCGUGAAGCAAACAAAGAAGCCAGGACGAGUGACUGGCAAAGGCAGGCUUAAAUAAUGUCAGCAAACAGGUGAGCGUCCGGAACAACAGAGGCAGGUGAAAAUAAUACGUAACUAUGGUGACUAAACAAACUCAGGAGGUGCACAAACAGGAACCAAAGGAGUCCAAAACAAACAGAAGACUCACAAAUUGAAUUUUUUAUUAGUAGAUUGCCCAGUUAAGGACAUAUUCCGUACAAUUUCUCAACUAAAACAUGAUCCGGACAACGGAUCAUGACACUUUCUCCCUUCUUGAUUUCCACUAGAGGAAAUUCUGAAUAAACUUGUAUCCUUUUUGCGAUUCAAACUGUUCCGACAGAAAAAAAAAAUAAAAUGCAAGAAUAGGACAUUUUUCUUCGCGAAAGGUAAAAUGCCGCCCGGAACGCUUUGACGGCAGACGCCCGCUGAGCCUCGCAUAGUUGACGUGCAAAACCGAGGGCGAAAGACUGGUGUAAAAUUUGGAUUCAGCCUGAAUCUUGUUUUUUUAAAAGUUACAAAACCUGUCAUUUCCCAGAAUGUUGGGUACAAUUAAUAAAAAUGAUGGUAUGCAAUGUCUGGGUCAUUGAAGGAAAUGUACAGAGUAAAAAGUCGGUCCAAAAAAUGGAGUAAAAAGCAUGGUUGGCAUUUUAACAUCAACCUCAGACUAGACUGAAUAGUGAGGAAAGAAGAUGAGGGAGCUUCAUUGCCCCCCACCCUCCGGUUGACCCCCCCACCCUCCGGUUGACCCCCCCUUCAUCACGUGGAUGAGCCUUUCAAAAGUAAGAGCUGCGGUGUGAUUACUGCAGACACGAUAGCGCCCAUACGGAUGUGGAACCACGGGGCCAACUGCUACACAUUACCGUGCCUUUGCUGAACACAUGGAACCAUGGGGGCUGUGCACAUCAGCUGGGAGGCUAUCAUCAUCCGCAGUUUUGCACUCUCCCGCCUCUCAAAGUCGAAAGCACAAGCAACCGAUCCAAGGUGACUGCAUGUCCUCACUCCGCCAUCUGAACAGGUGGGCAGACCUCAGAGGCCUCGUAAAAAAAAAAAAAGGCUGGCAUAAUCACGAUGUCCUGUCUGCUACAUGACUUGUUUCAUUAAACGAUGCAAACUCUAUGAUGAAACUAACGCAGACUCGUCAAUGGGAUUUGGGUUUUUCGGUCCUCCUAUUCUCAUAUUUCAGUUCACUGAUUGACUGUCGGCCUCCUUCCUUCUACUCAUGUUGUUGUGUUACAUUCAAUGAUGUCUGUCACUAUUUCACGAUCUAGCCAAAGUGAUGUUUUCUUUGUUUGUUUUUUUUUUACUUUAGUAUCUGUUGUAGUGAAGUGCUUUAUAGUGAUUUGAAAAAAACGGGAGUUCAUUUUCAAACAUGCCUGUGAAUAUUCUCAUUCAUCCAGGUCAUUGAAAUCGAUCGUAUCUGGACAUUUUGGGUUUGUUUUAGAACAGUGGUCCCCACAGAAACAUUACCGUAUUUUUCGGACUAUAAGUCGCAGUUUUUUUCAUAGUUUAGCCGGGGGUGCGACUAUGUGUGAAAUUGUUCAACACAUUACCGUAAAAUAUCAAAUCAUAGUAUUUAUCUCAUUCACAUACGAGACUAGACAUAUAACAUUUCAUUGGAUUUAGCUUCACGGUGGAAGAGGGGUUAGUGCGUCUGCCUCACAAUACGAAGGUCCUGCAGUCCUGGGUUCAAAUCCAGGCUCAGGAUCUUUCUGUGUGGAGUUUGCAUGUUCUCCCCGUGAAUGCAUGGGUUCCUUCCGGGUACGCCGGCUUCCUCCCACCUCCAAAGACAUGCACCUGGGGAUAGGUUGAUUGGCAACACUAAAUUGUUACAUUCAAUGAUGUCUGUCACUAUUUCACGAUCUAGCCAAAGUGAUGUUUUCUUUGUUUUUUUUUUUUUUUACUUUAGUAUCUGUUGUAGUGAAGUGCUUUAUAGUGAUUUGAAAAAAACGGGAGUUCAUUUUCAAACAUGCCUGUGAAUAUUCUCAUUCAUCCAGGUCAUUGAAAUCGAUCGUAUCUGGACAUUUUGGGUUUUGUUUUAGAACAGUGGUCCCCACGGAAACAUUACCGUAUUUUUCGGACUAUAAGUCGCAGUUUUUUUCAUAGUUUGGCCAGGGGUGCGACUAUCUGUGAAAUUGUUAACACAUUAACGUAAAAUAUCAAAUCAUAUCAUUUAUCUCAUUCACGUAUGAGACUAGACGUAUAAGAUUUAAUCGGAUUUAGCGAUUAGGAGUGACAGAUUGUUUGGUAAACAUAUAGCAUGUUCUAUAUGUUAUAGUUAUUUGGAUGACUCUUACCAUAAUAUGUUACGUUAAUUGGUAAUUUAUGCGUCAUAUAACGUACGCUUAUUCAGCCUGUUGUUCGCUAUUCUUUAUUUAUUUUAAAUUGCCUUUCAAAUGUCUAUUCUUGGUGUUGGGUUUUAUCAAAUACAUUUCCCCCCAAAAAAUGCGACUUAUACUCCAGUGCGACUUAUAUAUGUUUUUUUCCUUCUUUAUCAUGCAUUUUCGGCAGGUGCGAUUUAUACUCCGAAAAAUACGGUAUCUAAUUCAUAAACGACCGUGUUUUCUCAGACUUAACUUUCGCCUGUCCCACUAAACACACCAAUAGGCUUGUUAAUAGAUGUAUAUUACAACUCCAUUGUAGUUCUAAUGGGACAAUGCACAUCAAUGUUUAUAUAACAUUGUAAUGCGCCAGACUGUGGACAAAGGCUGAUUUGCACGAAGAAAGCCGGUCCGUGAAUAUAAUGCAUACAUUAAACCCGUCCCUGGUGGAAAAAAGGUUGGGGAACACUGUCUUAGAAGACGUUUGGCUUCGCAUCCCAUGCUCACAGACUCGUAUAGAACAAUGAUAGUCUGAGCAUCCAAAGUGUUUAUUCUCUCCAGCCGGGAUAUUCAACUGAAUUGUUUUGGGGACUACAUUUACAGAAGGACCAAGGGGCCAGACUUCUCCCUUCCCUGUUAGUCUUAUUUUAUAUAUUCCGGAGAACCAGCAUCUUCUUCAGUGGACAAUUGAUUGUUUUCUAUUCAUUUUGUCAGUAUCAGAGCACUCUGCUGCGUUUAAAAAAAGUAAUCAAAGAAAGAUAAUCUCUGGGGAUCUUAAAAAUCCGCCUGCAAAAACUGUGAGUCUCUUACAAGUUAAAGUUAAAGUACCACUAAAGGUCACACACACACACUAGGUGUGGUGAAAUUACCCUCUGCAUUUGACCCAUCCCCUUGUUCCACCCUCUGGGAGGUGAGGGGAGCAGUGAGCGUUGGCCGGGCUCGGGAAUCAUUUUGGUGAUUUAACCCCCAAUGACAACCCUUGAUGCUGAGGUGAUUGGUGGUCCCAUUUUUAUAGUCUUUGGUUUGAACUCUCGACCUACCAAUCUCAGGGCGGAUACUCUAACCACAAGGCCACUGAGCAGACUAAAGUUAAAGUACCACUGAUAGUCACACACACUAGGUGUGGUGAAAUUACCCUCUGCAUUUGACCCAUCCCCUUGUUCCACCCUCUGGGAGGUGAGGUGAGGGGAGCAGUGAGCGUUGGCCGGGCUCGGGAAUCAUUUUGGUGAUUUAACCCCCAAUGACAACCCUUGAUGCUGAGGUAAUUGGUGGUCCCAUUUUUAUAGUCUUUGUUUUGAACUCUCGACCUACCAAUCUCAGGGCGGACACUCUAACCAGAAGGCCACUGAGCAGGUUCAAAAAACAGGUUUUUUGAACAGAACUCCAGUUAAAUAGCCCAAAUGAGAGCAUCUAAAAUUCAUCAUUGAGGAACACGGCUAGUAUAGUGAAGAUUUUGAACAUUUGACUACAUCCGAAGUAAACAAGCUAUGUCAACACAUUGGUUACAUAAACCAUAUUACAAUUUAAAUGUAUUUGGGAUAUCCCCUUGAGAUGUAGAAUCUCCUUUUCAAGGCGGUGUCUACAUAAAUACAUAAAACAUACAAUACAAUAAAACACCACAAACAAUCCAAAAAGUAAAGGACUUAAUUGAGAUCCUUGAGGAAUGCCUCAGUUAUGUAAAUCAGAAAUUUGGACCCCAGUGCUUAAUCAAUUAAUCAAUUUUUAUUUAUAAGUCCCCAAAUCACAAGGGUCUCAAAGGGCUGCACAAGCCACAACGACAUCAUCUGUUUAGAUCCCACAUCAAGUGUUCUGAGGCAUUGUCAAUGCAAAGAUCUGGCAAUGUGUUCCCAGCGGUCCAAGUUCCUCUACACAACAGGAACAAUCUAGCGUUUUUAGGAAUUUGCUGUAAAAAUGUUUGUUUUCCCUGAUUCCGAAUUGAACUCAGGGUUCGGCAUGGUGUCAUCUGGAAGUCUGUGAGCAUGAAGUGACUAAGCCUGCUCGAUUGAGAGGCAAAACGUCUAAGACAAUCCGAACAGUCUCGUAGCAAUCGAUUAAAUGUCCUGAGAUUGUUUAAACAACACAACUAAACGAUUACUGUCCUGGUCACACCAGUAUUUUUUAAACAACCGUGGUAUACUUUUUGAAAAGAAAUUGCAGCUACCAUUUGUUAUCAGUUACAGUUCUUCAUAAGGUGGUAAAAAAUCGGUUCAGAUCUUCUCGUUCAAUGCUGGACAUCACUGACAUAAUAUCCUUUAGCAAUUGCCCUAUCUUGACCGACGUAUACAGUCUUAUUGCUCUGGCCUUGGUGUGUUAUCGAUUACACUGGGGAACAUCAAAUCUUGUGCCUGAGAUAUUAGACCUUUUUUUUCCGGUAAAUUGAAAAUAUGCUAUCAGAUUUCCUCGAUCAGUUUAGAUUACCGAUUUGUGAUAUAACCCCACACUGUUGCAAAGAACAGAUCUUGCACAGGGAAUGAUGUAUACAUAUAUAUCUUUUUUAAAUACAUUGUGAUUUUUGUAUUAUUUUUGUCCAAUCACAACAUAGAAAAUGCUGAACACGAAUGCUAUACUUUGGUAUAUGCUGUUCAUAAACAGGUAUAAACUCCUACCACAUUUAUUUUGUAGUUGUUCCCCAGUGUUACCAGAAAUGUGUUCGUAUGCUUGGAUGUAAUUGCUUACUAUUGUUUAGGCUCAUAGGUUUUUAUGAUUGCUGUUUUGAUUGAUAAAUGUUCACAUCGGCCAUCUUAAGAUGCCAACAACACCCACUGGGAGCCAUGGGAUAACGUAUUAACAUAUUUUACUGAUCAUCCGAUCGGAGCUCAAGUUAUUAUUGUAUAGUUUUAUGUUAGAGGCAAGAAAAUACCAUUUUAACACCUCAAGUGUUCCCUUAGCAACAAUGUUUUUUUCUGUCUAUUCAUUUUUAAAACAAAUAAAAAUGCUGUGUUUUAGUUUGUAGUACAUAAAGUUUGCAGUAGGACUUACAUCAGUAGACUAUUCCACACAUCGAUAAACAAUGUAUUGAUCAGACAAAGCAGCUUGUUUUUCAAAGGAUGACCCGUUCAAAGUGACGUCUGUGGUUGUUUCUUGAAAGUGUGUUUCCAACCGUGUAAAUAAAUACCUUGAGUAUAUUUUUCAAACAUGGCCACCCAAGACGAACUUAAUGCUCGGAUAUCGUGGGCUGUCCACUCCAGCCUAAUACUGCUGUAUUAAUCGAUGAUCUCUGUGAGAUACUGACGUGUAGAGUCGGAUUUUCACAUUGAAAAGUAACUGUUUUGUCUUGUAUACUAAAAUUGUGCAUGUUAAUCAUUGUUUGUGGAUUUGUGUUGGAUUUUUCUAAAAUAAAAAUGGUU